CCGCUCGACACUGCAAACACGUGUAGGAAGGAGCUCAUCCUUUUGUCCCCAGCAGCUAGCAACAUCACAUUCUAGCUCCCAGGCUUUCUGACUAGCUAGUCCAAGCUCCAUUCAUGCCACGGGCAAAUAUGAUCUCCAAACUACUUGAGAAGGCUGCUGUCCAUCCACUGGAUGUUGCACCUCAUGUGAAGACUGGAGCUUCUCGGACGAGCGUGCUUCGCAAUCCAAACAUGGAGAAGCUUCAGAAGGGCUACUUGUUCCCGGAGAUUAGCAUUAAGCAUGAAGCUCACCUGAAGAAGUACCCAGAUGCUAAGGUCAUCAGCUUGGGUAUCGGCGACACAACUGAACCCAUACCGAGCGUCAUAACAUCGGCUAUGGCCGAGUAUGCACUUGCGUUAUCCACUCCAGAAGGAUACCAGGGUUAUGGGCCAGAGCAAGGUCAAAUGAAUCUGCGUAAGACCAUAGCGGAGAAAGUAUACCCAAACAUGGGGAUAAGAGAGUAUGAGGUGUUCGUUUCGGACGGAGCGCAGUGUGACAUUGCACGCCUUCAGAUGCUUUUCGGAUCAGACGUGACCAUUGCUGUCCAAGAUCCAACCUUUCCGGGCUACGUGGACAACGGCGUGAUCAUGGGGCAAUCCGGCAAGGCGGACGAGGCCGGCAAGUACGCGGGCAUCGCGUACAUGCGGUGCGCGCCGGAGAACAACUUCUUCCCGGACCUCUCCCGCGUGCCGCGCACCGACGUCAUCUUCUUCUGUUCGCCCAACAACCCGACGGGCCACGUCGCGUCCACGGCGCAGCUGCGGGAGCUCGUGGACUUCGCGCGGCGGAACGGCUCCAUCAUCGUCUUCGACUCGUCCUACGCGUGGUACGUGUCGGAGGUGGCAGGCAAGCCGAAGUCCAUCUACGAGGUGCCCGGCGCCAGGGAGGUGGCCAUCGAGAUCUCGUCCUUCUCCAAGUUCGCCGGGUUCACGGGCGUCCGGCUCGGUUGGGCUGUGGUGCCCGACGAGCUCCGGUACGCUGACGGCUCCCCCGUGGCCCGCGAUUUCGACCGCAUCGUGUGCACCUCCUUCAACGGCGCCUCCAGCGUCGCGCAGGCCGGUGGGCUCGCCUGCCUCUCGACGGAGGAAGGCCGGAGCGCCGUGCAGCGCGUGGUCGGUGUGUACAAGGAGAACGCGCAGCUGCUGGUGGAGACGUUCGCGUCCCUGGGCAAGGAGGUGUACGGCGGCGCCGACUCGCCGUACGUGUGGGUGCGCUUCCCGGGGCGCAGGUCGUGGGACGUGUUCGCUGAAAUCCUCGAGAAGACGCACGUCAUCACCGUGCCGGGCAGCGGGUUCGGCCCCGGCGGCGAGGGGUUCAUCAGGGUCAGCGCCUUCAACAGCCGGGACAGGGUGGUGGAGGCCGUCGCGAGGCUCAAGAAAUUCCUCGCCUGAGGACCCACGUAUGCGUACAUACCUAGUCACGGAUCGUGUUGUGAUGAUGUAUACGCCGAUAUAUAUACUUCGUGAUUAUAUAUGUAUGUAUGUAUAUACAUAUAUACGUAAUCAAUAACAUUGCUAUGCGCUGAUGAUGCGCUGACACGUAUACUAGUACAAAAAAAAAUUGCACGACCUGCAAGUCCUAUAUAUACAUGGCACAUGUAU